UUUAAGUGGAGAUCCUCGCAGGCGUUCCCUUCCACCACAGUGCUGGAAUCCCUGCUGAAGGUAUGCGAAGUGAAGAGCACUCUAACUUAGGACUCACUCUUUCUCUUGGGGGAUUGCAAGGCUUCAUUCAGAGGCACUUUUCCAGAGCUGUGCCAUGCGUGUGGCCUGCACUCAUCUGUUCUUGGCUGCCAUCUUGUGGGCGACUCCAUGUUCCACAGCGGCCGUGGCUCCCUCUGACUCUGCUGAGCUCAUCCUCCUCAGCUCCGCUGGCCUGGAGCCAGAGUUAAACCUGAGGAACAGUAGCAGCGCGCCCCGCAGCCGGAGGAAGCGCUACAUUUCCUCCAGAGAUAUGACAGCACUGCUGGAUUACCACAAUCGAGUGCGCUCCCAGGUCUUCCCACCCGCAGCCAACAUGGAGUACAUGGUGUGGGAUGAGAGGCUUGCUAAAUCCGCUGAGUCCUGGGCCGCUCAGUGCAUAUGGGACCACGGGCCUCCCCAUGUGAUGAGGUACAUGGGCCAGAACCUGUCCAUCAGCUCUGGAAGGUACAGGUCAGUUAUUGAGCUGGUGAAGUCAUGGCAUGAGGAGAGGCAUUCGUUCUCCUACCCCAACAGAUGCACUGGCUCUGUCUGUUCCCACUACACACAGAUGGUGUGGGCUAGCACCAAUAGGAUUGGGUGUGCCAUCAACAGGUGUUCAAACAUGUACGUGUUCGGGAGUACAUGGAAACAGGCCACCUUGCUGGUCUGCAACUACUCCAUCAAGGGUAACUGGGUGGGUGAAGCUCCAUAUAAGACAGGAAAUCCAUGCUCUGCUUGUCCUUCUGUUUACGGAGGAUCAUGCAACAAGAAUCAGUGCUCCACAUCCAAACCCAAAAAGAAGUGGUUUUAGUAGCGAUUGAGUAAAGGCCGAGGUGGUUCCGUCAUGAAUAAUCCAUGAAUUAUGACUGAAAAAAGGAACUUCAUAGCACAAUCUUUGAUGUAGUACCACUAUAAAGUUAGUUAGGCAGUUGUUUGCUGUGUAAAAUGUUGUGUUGUUUUUGCUCUUCUUACAGAUUUUAUGCUGAAUCUGAACUAACAGGCCUGGGGCAUUUCACUGCCUGUUGAAACAGAACACU